AAAGGCAUUGUAAGAGUAAGUCAUAGUAAAGAGCACCAGGUUACCAUUAACAUCCAUUCUGCAAGUAAAAAGUAAUUUUUAGUGAAGAUGUGGCGGUUAAUGUGUGCGACUUUGGUCCUGCUCGUGUGCAUCAAAGAUUCACAGUCUCAAUUGAGUGUUUGUGGGAUUUCCUCUUUAAACACUCGUAUUGUGGGUGGUGUAACUGCACCUGAGGGGUCGUGGCCGUGGCAGGUCAGUCUGCAGAGCCCUGUCUAUGGAGGUCAUUUUUGCGGAGGCUCACUCAUAAACAAUGAAUGGGUUCUGACAGCAGCUCACUGUUUAAAAGGUCUCAGCACAUCAACUAUGACUGUGUACUUGGGAAGACAAACACAGACGGGUACUAACUCCCACGAAAUCUCUAGAACCAUCAAAAGCAGCAUCAUUCAUUCCUCCUACGACAGAUACACCCAUGACAACGACAUCGCCCUGGUGCGGUUGUCCUCCACAGUCACCUUUACAGACUAUAUCAAACCUGUGUGCCUGGCAGCCCAGGACAGUGUCUUUGCUGCUGGCAUCAUGGGUUGGAUCACAGGCUGGGGAGAUACAGGAGUGAGUUCCACCCCUGCAAAUCUGCAAGAGGCAGCGAUUCCGGUGGUGGAUAAUUCCCAAUGCAAUACGCUUCUGGGUGAUGGGUCUGUCACCAACAACAUGAUCUGUGCUGGAUUACUGGCGGGUGGCAAAGAUACCUGCCAGGGUGACUCUGGGGGUCCAAUGGUAAGCCAGCAGUGUUCAAAGUGGGUUCUGUCUGGUAUCACCAGCUGGGGGGAAGGCUGUGCUGAGCCAAAUAAACCUGGUGUCUACACCCGUGUAUCAAAGUAUCAGAGCUGGAUCAAUUCAAAUAUUGGUCAGACUCAGAACUCACCCGGAUUCGUCACCUUCAGCCCACCAGCCUCUUGCUCCUCUUCCAGCAAAACCUCAACCUCUUGUCGUGGGAGAUGCAAUGAGCUGUACAACGCCUUAAAUUACUGCAAUUGCAAUAGCGGCUGCAAAUUUUGGUGUUGCAGCGAUUUCAAACAGCGAUGCACCAUAUGAGGCGUGUGCUAACUCGCAGGUUCUCUUGGAGAUUCUACUUUGGAUGAAUGCCAACAACCUGCAAAAAACUGCAGCACAAAUUCAAAUUUGUUUAAGUUCAUCAACAGCACAAACUUUAUUAUGUUUAGUCAUUUUAUCUAUCUGUUCUAAAUACACUCUUGAAAAUAAAGGUGCUUUAUGAUGCCAUAGAAGAACCAUUUUUGGAGGGAUUCCAUAAAGAACCUUUAACAUCCGAGGAACCUUUCUAUUUCUAGAAAGGUUAUUGGUAGUGAUAAAGGUUCUUUGAGGAACCAAAAAUGGUUCUUCUAUGGCAUCGCUGUGAAGAACCGUUUAAGCACUUUUAUUAUGAGUGUAUGAAGUUUUAGGAUGUAUGCUAAUAGUUGUGAGCUGAGCUCUCGGUUACAUACACUUGCCAUAUUUUGCACAAAUCUAGUACAUUUCCUAAAUGUGCUUUAUAUCAGCACAUGAUUACUUGAGAUUUCUUUAUUGUUACAAUACAAAUAUUUCUGUCAUAAUGAAUAUUAAUGAUGUCAUUUUGCACUUUCUGUGCAAUAUAUUAUUAUAUGCAAUGUAUAUUAUACAACACGGUCUACCUUUUGCUGUAAGAUGACAUAAAUAAGCAUAAAUACACUUCUAUAUACAUUAUAUAAACAUACUUACUUUUUGCGACUACAUAUAGUAGAUUUAUGCUACAAAUAAUACAUUGGCAUAGAGAAAGGUCUCUAGCCCAUUAAAAGUCAG